AUGGUUAACUCUUGUGUACUUCCAAUUAGCAUACUAUGCUUCCUGGUCCUUACAACCGGAGGCUCUGCUUAUAGACAUGAAGCUGGCCAACAACAACAAGCGCAGUGUCGCAUCCAAAGCAUCAACCCUCUCGAGCCUGCCAGGCGCCUCCAGCAUGAAGCCGGUUACACCGAUGUUUGGGACCAGACCUCUGACCAGAUUCAGUGUGCCGGUGUGGCCGCCUCCCGCCACCUUAUCCAGCAAGGAGGCCUCCUCUUGCCUACUUUCAGCAAUGCCCCUCUGCUGGCUUAUGUUGUAAAAGGUAGGGGAAUUGUUGGCACCAUAAAUCCAGGCUGCGCAGAAACGUUUCAAUCGAGCGAACAAAUUGAUGUUGGAGGACAAUUUGGCUCACAAAAGUUUAGGGAUCAACACCAGAAGAUCCAUCGUUGCAGGAAGGGAGACAUUGUUGCCUUCAAAGUUGGUGUAGCCCAUUGGGUCCAUAACGAUGGCAACGAAGACCUUGAACUCAUGGUGGUCCACGAUACCAGCAACGUCGAAAACCAGCUCGAUCAAAACCUCAGGAGAUUCUUCCUUGCCGGUAAUCCGCAAGAGUCAUCAGAAAUGCAACAGAGGAGGAAGUACAGUGGUCAACAACAACAAGAUGAGAACUUUUCAGGCAACCUUUUCCAGGGAUUUGAGACCGAGGUUUUGGCGGAAUCUUUCCAAGUCGACAUGGAGACAGCCGCAAGACUACAGGGACAAGAUGAUAACAGAGGAUUCAUUGUGAGGGUAGGUAAAGAAUUUGAAAUGCAAAGACCAUCCAAAUACGAAGAAGAGGAAAGAAGAAGAGAGUGGAGCCCAAAAAGCAACAGAUUCGAGGAAACCGUUUGCACAAUGAGGAUCAGAGAAAAUCUCGACGAUCCAGAGAGAGCAGAUGUGUACACCGCUCAGGGUGGUCGCAUUAGCACCGUCAAUAGUCAUAACCUCCCAAUUUUGAAGGAAAUCCAAUUGAGCGCCGAGAGAGGAGUCCUUUUCGAGAACGCAAUGGCGGCUCCACACUGGACUCUUAACGCCCACAACAUAAUAUACAUAUUGCGCGGAACGGGCCGAAUCCAAGUGGUGGGUCACUCCAACCGGGCCGUCUUCAAUGGCGAAGUCCGUCAAGGGCAGCUAUUGGUCGUCCCUCAGAACUACGCUGAAGUCAAGCUGGCAGGAAACGAAGGAUUAGAGUGGGUGUCGUUCAAGACAAAUGACAGGGCCAUAUCAAGCCCGUUGGCUGGGAAGACUUCGGUGAUCCGGGCAAUGCCGGUGGAAGUGGUGAUGAGUGCUUUCCGGAUGUCGAGAGACGAGGCACAAAAGCUAAAGUAUAACCGACAAGAAGUGAGGAUCUUCCCGCGAUCAAAGAGGCAAUCGGAGAGGAUUUGA